UUUCCAUAAGUCAUAGAUAUGAUUUCAUUUUUCUAACCUAUGCCUUUUUCUGCAAUUAAUUGUUGAAUUACUAAUCCCUAUUUAUAUUCGGGAUUAUUAUCUAGAGGAAUCCAAUAAGAUGGGCUGAUUCAUUUCAAUAUAAGACAUGUAAACUAAUUUCUUCCGGUAUAUUGAUAUUUAAGGUAUGAUAAUGGGAGAGGCUAAAGACUCUGGCUUCAAAAGUUAUAUUGAUGAAAGUGGACUUGAGUCCAUAUCCCUCAAUGAAACCCAAAAAACGAAACUCCUUGUUGGGGAAACUGUUGUAUGCGAAGUUGAAAAUAUACUCAUGUAUAGACCUUUGAGUGAUAAGAAGAAAUCUACAUCAGGGGUCUUAACAAUAACCACAUUCAAACUUUCUUUUGCUUGUGCUGAGGAAGAAUCUGACUGGAGAGGGUAUAUUCAGCAUAACAAUUUGCUAGGACUGAACGAUAUCUGUUUGUCUUCCAUUGACACUAUUUAUCAGGUUGGAGAUAAAACAAAAAAAAAAUUAUUACCUGGACAGAAUGUAUCGGGAAAAGUAAAAGAGUUAUUAAUUGUUUGUAAAAAUAUGAGAACAUUUGAAUUCAACUUUAAGUAUGCAGCUAAAGAUGGGGGUAAAAAUGUAGCCAAUGUUCUACUUCAUCAUUGCUACCCUAAAAGGCACAGUUUAUUAUUUGCUUAUGAAUAUGGUGAUCUUCCAAGUAUGAAAUGCUUAUCUAGGGAAGCAAGACUGUUUCGAACAAAAGAAGAUUGGAGAUUAGAAUACAAUAGAACAAAAUGUAAAAACUGGAGAAUAUCGGAUGUUAAUCAAAAUUUUAGAACUUCUCAUAUGUUGGUAGAGUCCUUGAUUGUACCCCAGUCUUUGACAGACUCAACCUUAACCCAGGCUGUUGAACAUUUUAGAAAUAGAUGUGGACCCGUUUGGGUAUGGGGCACUCCAUUAGGGGCAGCUUUAGUCAGGAUGGCGGAUUUACUUCCAACCAUAACGGACCGCACUCAGGAAAAUGCUUUACUGGAACAUAUAAGAAAAAGUCACCCCGAUAAAAAACCCCCGUAUCUAAUUGAUCUCGGCAAAGACUGCCCAUCUCCCAAAGAUGUUCACAACAGCUACGUGAAACUACGAGAUUUGUGUGUACCUGACAGCACCAGACAAUUCAAACAGCAAGAUUACAAGUUUUAUGGACUUCUCGACAAUUCACGAUGGUUGGCCUAUGUUUCUACUUGUUUAGGGAAAGCUGUCGAGGCGGCAGAGCAAUUAAGUGUUCAUAAUUCAACUGUUGUUCUGCAAGAAGGAAACGGCACCGAUAUGAAUUGCGUGAUAUCGAGCCUGAUCCAGAUCAUUCUGGAUCCGUUAUAUCGAUCAAAGUACGGCUUUCAGUCGUUGAUUCAAAAAGAAUGGGUAGCUAUGGGUCAUCAGUUUGCUUUUCGCAUGGGCCACAUUCUAGACAAGGAGGUGGAAUUCUGCCCUCUCUUCCUACUUUUCCUGGACUGUGUCUGGCAAUUAUUGCAGCAGUUUCCCGUCGCCUUCAAGAUUAGCGAGACCUAUCUGACCACUUUGUGGGAUUCGGUUGGGAUAUCCAUAUUUGACACCUUCUUAUUCAACUGCGAGCAUGAUAGAGUAGUGGCAGAGCAAGGCCAGGACAAGUUGAUAUUGCGGAGUGUGUGGGAUUGGCACAAGCAGUUUGGAGAAAGAGAUAUAGCGUUCUUCUGUAACCCCCUCUACCUAGACACAUUCACAGAAAAACUUACACCACAGACUGGAAUUUCUAGUCUGGGUAUAUGGAGCCAGUGCUAUUUCCGUUGGCUGCCCGACUUGGAAAUACGAUGUGGGGGAAAACCCCAGAUCGAUCUGUGGACAAGGAUGAUCGUCUCGGAAGUAUGGGAGUUGAAGGAGAAAACGGAAGGAAGAGAGAACGGAAUGCACCUGAAAAAUAGAGAGGAAUACCUAAAAUUGCUGAGUACAGUCAACAGUUUCUAUCCAUUUAGCCAUAACGCGAAAGAGAUGACCAUUAACAAUGUGCUACUUAUUAAUUCAGAUGCUUUAGAUACGCAGUCAAUACUUAAUAUGAACACCGACUAAUAAUUGUGCCUAACGUCUUUUAAAGUUGUCUUAUACGUUUGUGUACAGUAUUCCAUUUUUUUUCAUUCCUUAUAUUUGAAAAUUUUCUCUUUGGUUUUGAGAUUAUUUAGGACAAAAUUUACUUUUUACCGAAGAAAAGAGUCGUAUGUGAUAGGUGCUAAUCUCAAUUUGUUGUAUUUUUUACUUCCUUAUAUUUGAAUCAGUCUUAAGUUUUCUUGAUAUAUUUUCAUACACAAACCGUAGUUUGAAGAUUUUAAAUUUGAGUAUAAAAUUCAAAUUGUUUUUACUUUACCCAAAUGUAUAUACAUGCAUGAAUAAUAACAAUUGCUUUUUUCCAAAGUAUUAAGCGAAUUUCUGUAAAUAGAGUUAGCUCUUAAAUAUUCCUUAAAUUCCAGUUAGAGAAGAAUUUUAUUUUAAAAGAAAAAGUAUUUUAUUUACAUUAAUAUAUUCAGUAGACGUUUGAGUUGUAAAUUUGUAAGUAUUAUUAGAUGUUGUUAUGUUACUUAAGAAAAUGUUGUUUUGUAAAUUGUUCUCAAUUGUACCUAAUUCAUUUAAAACUUGAGUUUUUGAAACUUUUGUAAGCCAAAAAUCAAUUCAACUUGUAUGCAUUCUUUUCAAUAAAAUGAACGGGUGAGUUAA